UUUUUUGCUCUGUUUUUCUGAAUUAACGACUUAAUUAUCUCAAAAUUAUGAGAUAAUUUUUCAUGAAUAAAAAAAAAUUGCUCUGUUUUUCUGAAUUAGAGAUCCCUCAAAAUCCUGCGAGAAGCUCUCACCUGCACGAAGUAACGUCAGGCCACAGUUGCUGAUGCUAAUCAGCCUGACCCUCCAACAACAACAGUGCCAGGCCUACAUGGGUUCAGUGCAGGGCCAGCUAUGGCUACGUCUUCAAAUACCCCUCUCCCACAAGAUGAUGGUCUGUGGAUGUUUCUUCAGAGCCGAGGGAUUCCUGAGAAAAAUAUUCAGAAAAUGCAGCAAGAUCAUAUUGACAGCUCGGUAGUUGGAGAAAUAGAUGAUGCCACUAUGACUGCUUACAUUCCAGCAUAUGGUGAUAGGAUUGCUACAAGGCGUUUCUGUAUGGAAAAACAGAGAAAGCGUGGUGAUGAUCUAAAAAGACAGUCCUUAUUUGAAAAACUUAGAAGAAAGUUGGGCACAUUGACAAGCAAUAAAGACACAGAUCAAGAUUUUGAGGAGGAGCAUUCUAUGCAGCCAACAAAGAUACAUCUGAGAAAUAACAAAAGGGCCGUGAAGAUGACAAGGAAAAUAGAACUAGGAUGGAUACACGACAAGAAACAAGUGAGAAAACGCAAUGGUGGAGGAACCAGAGUUCUUGAUAUUUCCAAGAAAGCCACAAAAACAGAGAUUCUAUCACAAGCUAAAAAGCUAUUUUUCCCCAAUGAGAAAUCGAGAAAGGGAAAGUGGGAAGAGUUUAGUCACAAUAUUGUUGACUUUCAGGAAGCAUACCUUGAUGAGGGUGUUAGUGUGGGAGAGCUCUAUGAGACACAUAAAUUGGGGAUUUUAAGAUUUUACUUGUUCACAGAGCACCAGACAAAUGAAGAUGAAGUGUUCACAGAGAUGACAGAAGGAACUGAUGAACAGACAGAUGCAGCGAGGCAAAAUGAGCGACAGAAAAACACAACAGAAGAUAAUGAGCAGCUGACACAAAAAACACAUGACAGUGAACAGCAGACACAUACUGUAGAAGAUGUUGUCUCUACUGCUGUAGAGAUUGUUGAUCUUACAUCUUUGUGUGAUACAUCAGAGGUCAUUUUUGGCCCUUUGCAAGGUGGACCAUUUUUAGAAGAUCUUGAUGACACAAUCUUACAUGAGCCUAUAGAAGAGGCACAGAUACACAUCAACACCUACAGCUCAACUCCUGUCCAUUCUGACACAGUGCCUGCUGGCCCCUUAAGUCCUACUUAUGAACCUUUGCAUGUGACGGUGAAACUCCACAGAGUCAAUCUCUUGGAGGAACUGAUUACCCAAUUCAAGGAUGAAGUGAUUAUGUCCUACUCUGUGAAAUACAGCUUCAUUCAUGAAAUGGGGGCAGAUGCUGAUGGCGUGUCCAGGGAUGUAUAUGCUGCCUUCUGGACAGAGUUUUUAGACUGCAGCAGAGGGUGCAGAUGUGAGAGUACCAUCACUAUCCCCAAAAUGGCAAGAAGAAGAAUGGAAAUCUGUUGUCAGUCUGAGCGCGAUCUCUUGUCCACUGCUUUGCAAGACACCCUUGAUGGUGAUGAUAAAGAUGAGCUUCUUGAUCUUAUGGAUCGCAUGGGAGUAAGAACAGUACCAACACAAGAGAACUUGAAAGCUGUGCUUCUCCAAGUGGCCCACAAGCAAAUAAUCCAGCAACCAAAAUAUGCACUGGAUAACAUUGCAGCAGUCGCAGGACCAACUCUCAGGGAGUUCUUCCCCAGUGUGCUGGAUAUGCAGAAGAUGUAUGAGAAUCUUAAAACCAUCAACCCGGAAGGUUUUAAAGUUGAUCACGGCCUCUCCAGCUACUCCAGCAGAGAACCAAAGUUUGCAAUUUUUACAUCAGUACAUCAGGGGAUUGGAUGA